AUUAUUCGAACGAUUGCUGGUGACAUAUGCGCCGCCUUGGCUCACUGUCACGGGCAUGGGAUUGUGCACGGUGACGUCAAACCAGGCAACUUGCUCGUAUCGUACAGUGGGAUCGUACGCUUGUGUGAUUUCGGACUGUCUCAACGGACCGGGCCCGACCACGACCAGAAUAAUGACACUACCUUACCUGUGCCGCCUCGUGGUCUAUGUACCUUGUACUACCGCCCGCCGGAAGUGUUGUUGGGGACUACCGAAGUUCACACGUCUAUGGAUAUGUAUAGUGCUGGUACAGUGGUCGCGGAACUUUUGACUGGCAGGGUACUCUUUGCCGGGCGCAAUGUGUUGGAUCAAAUUUGCCAAGUAUGCAAUGUUUUGGGGACGCCGGACGUGUCAACUUGGCCCGAAGCAAUGACGCUACCUGAUUACAGCAAAUUGAAUUUUACACCCAAAAAGAGGCAAAGGUGGGAA